GAUGUAACAGGAAGCUCUGAUGUUUCCCUUCUGCUGCUGAGCACAUACAAUGUGACAACCCUUCCAACCUACUCAGAACAACCCUCUCUCUCCAGCAGAGAGUGUCACCUCCUGUCUUGGGAUCUUCAGGCUCUGCUAACUGGACCUCACCCUGCCUGCAGGAUCACAUUGCAAAGCUUUCACCCUUCCCCACCUUGCCUGGGGGUAAAUUUCUUCUGCGGAAUCUCAGAAAAUCAAAUUCCAUCCUAAGACUAUUUCACCAAGUAUUUCCUUAAGGAGCUGUGCUGGGGUCCUACGAUGAUACACCAACCACUUGUGCUACCACCUGUCAAAACUAUGGAUGGCCCUACUUUCAGGUCUUGACCUUUGUAUUUAAGAAAUUCUUCGAGACAAUGUUGAUUCUGAUCCAAGAGAAAAUGUGAUUUGAGUCUGGAGACAAUUGUGCAUAUCAACUAAAAAUAAAAGCUCAAAAUACCUGUUAGAAGAGAAAAUACUAUUUGGAAGAUUGCUACAUUUAAAAAGAAAAGCUUUUUCUAGUUUGAUUUAUAUUACAUCACAUAGUUCAUUUCGGCUUUAAUGAUGGAGAAAAAGUAUAUCCUGUAUUUUCUGUUUCUCUUACCUUUUUUUAUGAUUCUUGUCAUAGCAGAAACAGAAGAAGAAAACCCUGAUGACUUAAUUCAGUUGACUGUUACUAGAAAUAAAAUCAUGACAGCUCAAUAUGAAUGUUAUCAAAAAAUUAUGCAAGACCCUAUUCAACAAACAGAAGGCAUUUACUGCAACAGAACCUGGGACGGAUGGCUAUGCUGGAAUGAUGUUGCUGCAGGAACAGAAUCAAUGCAGCAUUGCCCUGAUUACUUUCAGGACUUUGAUCCUUCAGAAAAAGUUACGAAAAUCUGUGACCAAGAUGGAAACUGGUUUAGACAUCCAGAAAGCAACAGAACAUGGACAAAUUAUACCCAGUGUAAUAUUAACACACAUGAGAAAGUACAGACUGCACUGAAUUUAUUUUACCUGACUAUAAUUGGACAUGGAUUAUCUAUUGCAUCAUUGCUUAUCUCACUUGGUAUAUUCUUUUAUUUCAAGAGCCUAAGUUGCCAAAGGAUUACCUUGCACAAAAAUCUGUUCUUCUCUUUUGUUUGUAACUCCAUUGUAACAAUCAUUCAUCUCACUGCAGUGGCCAACAACCAGGCCUUAGUGGCCACAAAUCCUGUUAGUUGUAAAGUGUUCCAGUUCAUUCAUCUUUACCUGAUGGGAUGUAACUACUUUUGGAUGCUUUGUGAAGGCAUUUACCUACACACACUUAUUGUGGUGGCCGUGUUUGCAGAGAAGCAACACUUGAUGUGGUAUUAUUUUCUUGGCUGGGGAUUUCCACUGAUUCCUGCUUGUAUACAUGCUGUUGCCAGACGCUUGUACUACAAUGACAACUGCUGGAUCAGUUCUGAUACCCAUCUCCUCUACAUUAUCCAUGGCCCGAUUUGUGCUGCUUUAUUGGUGAAUCUUUUUUUCCUUUUAAAUAUUGUACGAGUUCUUAUCACCAAGUUAAAAGUUACUCACCAAGCAGAGUCCAAUCUCUACAUGAAAGCUGUGAGAGCUACACUUAUCUUGGUGCCAUUACUUGGCAUUGAAUUUGUGCUGAUUCCAUGGCGACCUGAAGGAAAGAUUGCAGAGGAGGUAUACGAUUACAUCAUGCACAUCCUUGUGCACUAUCAGGGUCUGUUGGUAUCUACAAUUUAUUGCUUCUUUAAUGGAGAGGUUCAAGCAAUUCUGAGAAGAAACUGGAAUCAAUACAAAAUCCAGUUUGGAAACAGCUUUUCCCACUCAGAUGCUCUCCGAAGUGCAUCUUACACUGUGUCAACCAUCAGUGAUGGUGCAGGUUACAGUCAUGACUAUCCAAGCGAACACUUAAAUGGAAAAAGCAUCCAUGAUAUGGAAAAUAUUGUCAUAAAACCGGAAAAGUUAUACGACUGAUACUAGAGGGAGUAUUGCUAAACUGUGCCACUCCUAACUCAAGGAUUUGUAUCUGUGAUUUCACAACCAGAAGACUUUAAGUGAACGUCAUGAAGAUGACAAAGAAACCCCUCACAUGAACAUAGCCAUGUGUUGAUAAAUGUUUCAUAAUAGCUCCAUGGGGGAAAAAAGCUCUGAUUUGUAGUGUCUGCCAGUUUUUAUGGUGUAAACAUCCCCACCAUGGCUGAUUUGAAACUAUCAGCUUGACAUCACUGAAUGUAGAAUUGGGUAAAGAUGAGCACAGUCAGUUCUUGUAGGCUGGUGUGAGCUGGCUCUAGCACACCACUGCAUGCAUCCACAUAUAGAAGUUCAUAUACACCUUGGGCAAAAGAUUAUAAAAGUUCAUAUAUACCAUGGGCAAGAUUCUACUCUCACAGCCUAAAGAGACCUAGUUAAGGCCUAUACACUUGAAGGGAAAAAUCAGCUUUUCAUGUCUUUGUUUUUAAAAUCUUUAUCCCACAGUCAUUUGUGCAGAGGAUUUUUUUUUUUUCCCAGAAAGUAUUUUAACACUUCUUGUUUUUACUUUUUCAAAUAGAACAGGUAAGGCGUUACUUAUUCCUAUUGGCUUACUCUCUUCUCCCCAGGAAAAACAACAGAGCAGAACCGCUAUUGGUUACUCAUGUGCUGGUACAUCACAGUUAUACUUUCUGUCGUAUCCAUUUUUGAGACUUGAUAAAUAGUAUUAUGAAAUGCAAUCCUACUUUGGUAUCAUUAGGGAGAUGUCUUGGUUGAUACUAUAAAACAUGCUGUCAACUAUUUUACCGUCCUACUAUACAAGUGGGAGGGAAUCUGUGUCCAUGUACCUGUAAAUAGAAACUUUGCUCCUCUCAUUUCUACUAUGUGGACAAAUUAGCAGUUAUUUUACAUGAAGGAAAACAAUGAAGGAGUUCAUAUUUUCUUAAAAGUUUGUAAAAAAUUUGUUGUGAAAAGUGAGCUUGUAAAUACUCUGUUAUUCUAUUUUAUAGUCUCAAACAUAUACAAUCUAAGUAAGUUUUUUUUUAAAAAAAAAAACUUAAUGUAACAUUGUGUGCUUGUUAAUGUCUGAUACUGUGUCUGGGCUGAUUUUAUAAUAAAAUAGGAUCUGGAAUUCUAUAUUUGGUAAAUAUUUUAAAGACAACCAGAUGCCAGCAUCAGAAGUUUGUUUGAGAACUAAGUAAUAGAAAUAUCUAUGAUAAGAUAUGAAAUAUUUAUUUUUGAAAACCCUCAAGGACCUUGUUUUAUUGAAUAUAUUACCUUUGAUGAUUCAUACCUUAAUAAUAGGUAUGUUUGACAUAUUUAUCCUUCUAUUUUGACGAUGAACUUUCAUUCUAAUUCAGAAAAUUUGAACGACUCUUAUAGUAAAUCCCCACUCUUUUGGUUUUACCCCAUUAAAAAUAUUACUUUUCUAAAUUACUAUAAGAAGAUAUAUGGCUUUGGAAAUAUUCCAAGCUAUUUUUAAAAAGUAGAGGAAUACAAUAUAUAUCAUAUACAAUUUUUAAUAUUUUAAUAGAGCUACUAUACAAUUCAGUGAAAGAACUGAAUCUAUCAGUGAGAAAGAAUGAAUGUAUCAGAACAUUUAGGGAAUAAAUAAAUUAAGAUGGAAGAAUCUUGCUAAUGAAUUAGAGGGACAUUUAAAUAAGAUUCAGUUUCCCUAAUGUUAUUUUCCACUGAAAUUUCUGAAAAACGAAAUGCCUUCUAUUAGUAGGUUAAUUUUGUCAGAAAAACUCAUAUGUGUUUUAUUGCAGUAUGUCAAUCUGCUUUAAAUGGAUUAAACUAAUGACUUAGUCAUCAUAGAGUGUUUCUUAAGCUGUCAAUAGGUGGUAAGUUCAGAAGUCAUUUGAGAUUGUCCAGGUUAAUUAUCCAAAUUAGUAAGAAUUAACUUAUUAAAUAGCCUGGUUGAUAGAUUUAUAAUUUAUGAUUUAUCUAUAUGCAUGGAGAAGCUGAUAUAUUGUUAGUUUUCAAUUUAUGGAUUUCAUAAUAAGAUGUCAUGAAAAGGAUUACAGGCUGUUCUGGACUUUCUAAUUCCUAAAUUAUACAAAAAUUCCUUUAAAUGAACUCAGUUUUAGCUAUUUAUUAUUCAAAGACACAGAUUCAGACCCUUUGCUGGUGUCAUUCAUAUAUUUCAGCAUUUUUCCAGACAAACUAUCAAGUAUAAACCAUAAAUAACAGUAGAAAAUGUCAAAUUAUCAGUGGGCACUAUAUUAAAAUUACAUUAUAACUUUCAAGUAUUUUUACUGUGUUUUUAUCAUAUUAAGUUUAGAUCAAAUUUCCUUUAUGGCCAGGAUUUAUCUGUUGUACCAUCUUUUGGUGUAGGCAAUCCAUGAUUAAUUAGUGUUAGUUUUACACUCAUGUAUAUUUAGGAGUAACAUUUUUUUAGUAUUAGACUUCUCUAAAGCUGAAGUGCUAAUAAUUAAGAUUUCAUUUAUAUCCUACUCAUGAAGAAAAAGUAUAAUUAAUACCUUUUAAAAACAAACUUCUUUGGUAUCUAAAAGCUUAUUUGGGGAAUUUCUAACUUUUAAAAUGAAAAUCUGCUACUUUUCUGCAAGUACUUGUGAAAGUCAUUUUAAUUUUUUAAAAAAUUUAGCCCUUUAAUUUCUAAAUAUAUUUAGUGCAUUUAUUCAUAAAAUUUUCAUUCUGGAAUUUAGCGCUUAUUCAAAUGUAAUCCAUGUACAUAGAUGUAGUGGGAACUGUUGUGCUGUAUUUAUUGCUUGUAUAAUUUUUUUAAAAUGUGAACUUAUUUUUAUUUUCUCUUGGUUUUAAUAUGCUAAUGGAAACCACCAUGUCUUUUAUUUCUAAAACAUAUUCAAGAUAUUCUGAUCAAUUUAAAAAACUCAUAUUAUGCCUACUUAAUGUAUAUCUCUAUAUUUUUACUGUAUGAAAAUAUUAAAGUUAUGAGCUAAAAUUGAUUUUCACUCACAUUUACUGAAGCACUGACUAAUCUAAAUUAUAAAUCUUUAUAGCAAUCAGUGGAAUACAUCUUAAAAUCAAUAACCCUGUAAAUCAUUCCAUUAACCAAUUUGUUAAAAUUAUAAUUUAUUUUAUAAGUUAGAAAAUUCCAAAUAAACUUCAGUGUAUACAAAUUCCUUCCUAGGCUGAAAGAAAUGAAAAGAUAAAAAUGCCCAGAUAUGGGAAAAUGUACAGAGAUUUAUCUUCUUUCUCCUUUAUAUUCCAUUGUACUAUUUUGUGUUGAAUAGCAGGGAGACAAAGAAGGAAAAGAACUAUUUAAAUAAAUAAUUCACCCAUUUAAAGUCAUUUUUAGUGUAUUAUAUUAGUGUAGUAUAUUUACAUAUAUUCAAAGAUAUGUAAGCAUCCCACGGUUCAUUUUAUUACACUUUCAAGACCUCAGGAGGAAACCAUGCAUGUUUCAUUCCUUCAUCCUUUCAUCCCUGCUCUCAGCCAGCCCUUCGGCAUAACUAACCUACUUUCUAUCUCAAUAGACUUCCAUAUUCUCAACUUUCAUAUGAAUGGAAUCACAUAGAACAUGAUCUUUGGUGACUGACUUCUUUCACCUAUAAUGUUUUCAAAGUUUAUUCAUGUUUUAGCUUGUUUCAGUUUUUCAUUCCUUUUUAUGCCUAAAUUAUUCCAUUGUAUGGAUUUACCACAUUUUGUUUAUCCACAUUUGUCUGUUGAUAUACAUUUGUGUUGUUUCCAUCUUUUGGCUAUUAUGAAUAAUGUUUCCAUAAACAUUUGUGUACAAGCUGUUUAUUUUAAAAUAUAUAUUUUAAUUUCACUUGGUUAUAUACCUAGAAGUGGAAAUGUUGGGUCAUAUGUUAACUGUGUUUGAGAACUGCCAGACUGUUUUCCAAAAUAGCUGGACCAUUUCACAUUUCCACUAACAAUGUCUGAGGGUUCUGCUUUCUCCACAUGUUUCCCAACAGAUAAUAAUAAGUUAUUAUCUGUUUUUGUGCUUUAGUCAUCCUAGUAGGUGUGAAGUGGAUUUUAUAGUUUUAAUUUACAUUUCUUUGAUGGCUAAUAAUGUUGAGCAACUUUUCACAUUUUUAAUGGCCACUUGUAUACAUUCUUUAGAGAAAUGUCAAUACAAAUCCUUUGUCCAUUUUCAAUUGGAUUGUUUGUCUUUUAUUAUUGAGUUGAAAGAGUUCUUAAUAUAUUCCAGAUGUAGGUCCCUCAUCAGAUUUGCACACAUUUUCUCCUAGUCUCUUGAGUUGUCUUGUCAUUUUCUUGAUGGUGCCUUUAUAGCACAAAAAAGUUAAUUAUAUUGAUGAAAUGCAAUUAUCUAGUUUUUCUUUUGUUGCUUAGUCCGUUGGUGUUUUAUAUAAAAACCCUUUCCCAAAUUCAAGGUCAUGAUCAUCUACCCCUACAGUUUCUUCUAAGAAAUUUAUAGUUUGUGUUCUUUGGUCCAUUUUGAGUGAAUUUUUGUAUAUGGUGUGAGAUAAGAAGCCAAAUUCAUUCUUUUUCAUUAUCCAGGUACUAUUCACUGAAAAACGUUAUUUUUCUGCACUGAAGAAUAUCCUUGUAUCUAUGUCCUUAUCAAAAUUCAAUUUACCAUAAAUGUAUGGGUUUAUUUCUGAACAAUUCUCUUGGUCUUUGUACCCAAACCACAUGUCUUGAUUAUUUUGCUUUGUUGUAAGAUUUGAUGUUAGGUAGUUUGAGUUAUUCUAUUUUAUUCUUUCUCACAGAUGUUUUGGCUAUUCUAGGUCUCUUGUAAUUCCAUAUGCAUUUUAGAACGAGCUUGUAAAUUUGUACAAAGAAGCCUGCUGGAAUUCUGAUAAAGAUUAAUUGAAUCUAUAGAUAAUUGGGGGAAUAUUGCUAUCCUAAUGUUAAAUUUAACAUUUGAUGAACAUUGGAUUCAUGAACAUUGGAUCAUGAACACUGGAUGACUUCAUACUUACUUCAAUUUUUAACUGUUUUCAAUGGUGUUUUGUAGUUUUUGGAGUGUAACUUUUUCAUUUACUUGUCAAAUUUAUUCCUAAGCAUUUUAUUCUUUCUGAAGCUAUUAUUAAUGGAAUUGUUUUCUUAAUUUUACUUUUAGAUUGCAUAUUCCAAGUGUAUAGAAAUAAAAUUAACUUUUGUAUAUUGAUCUUAUAUCCUGCAACCUUGCUGAACUCAUUUAUUAGUUAUAUUUUAGUGGAUUCCUUAUGAUUUUUCAUAUAAAAAUCAUGUCAUCUGCAAAUAGAGAUAGUUUUACUUCUUCCUUUUGAAUUUGAAUGCCUUUUCUUUCUUUCUUUUCUAAAUGCCAUGGCUAGAAUGUUCAGUAAAAUGUUGAAUAGAAGCAGCUAGAGCACACAUCAUUGUCUUGUUCCUGAUCUUAGGGGAAAGUAAUUAGUCUUUUGUCAGUAAGUUAGUUAACUGUGUUUUUUAUAGAUGCCCUUUAUCAGUUUGAGACAGUUCCCUUCUCUUCUAGUUUGUUAAUUGCUUUUACCAUGAAAAGAUGUUGGAUUUCGUCAAAUGCUUUUUCUGCAUCUAUUGAUACAAUCAUGUGAUUUUUGUUUUAUAUUUUAUUGAUACAAUGUAUUAUAUUAAUUCUCAGAUAUUAAAACAAUCUUGCAUCCCUGGAAUAAAUUCUCUUGGUAAUGGUGUUUAAUUAUUUUCACAUGUUGCUAGUAAUUAGUCUGCUAGUAUUUUGUUGAGGAAUUUUGUGUUUCAUAUUCCUAAGAACUACUGGUCUCUAGUUUCCUUGUGAUAUCUUGUCUGGUUUUGGUAUCACCGUAGUAUCAGCCUCAGAAUGAUUUUUAUUGUAAUCCCUCAUCUUCUAUUUUUGGGAAGAGCUUGUGAAGAAUUCUUUAAAGAAUUUGUAUUAAGUAUUUGUUUAGUGAAACACCAGUGAAGCCAUCUGCAUUUGGACCACAUAUGUGAAGUUUUUUGAUUACUGAUUUAACUUCUUGGCUCAGUAUAAGUCUAUUCAGUUUUGUCUAUUUCUUCUUGAGCCAGUUUUGGUAGUUGAUGUUUUACUAGGACUAUGUCCAUAUCAUCAAAUUUAUCUAACUUGUUACCAGUACACUAUUGAACAACCACGUAGGCAACAAACUUAACUUUUACCUGGAAAUUUUAUAAGGAAUUUUGGAUUGGAUUUUUAAAAAACCUGUAUUUUUGCUAUCUCGAGACUAAUAAAUCACACUUUAAAAAUG